AUCUGCCCAAUAGUUACAAUUACAUUAUUUAAGAAAGUACAAUAAGAAACCAAGUUUAUUUGAUGUUGCCUGACAAGUCGACCGACUUUUAUGAAUCCUUCGUUCCUCAAGGGAGGUUGCCCUCCCUUGUUCCCCGCAAGCCUCAGUUCCCGCCAGAACCUACACCUCUCCCUUUCUUGUCCACAAGCCUCAGUUCCCGACAGAACCUACUCCUCCACAGUUCCUACAAAUAAAAGAAAUAUGAUAGCACAAAGGUCUGUCAGCGGCGAACAUAUACGUACCCACAAGGGAGUUUGCCCUCCCUUGUUUUCCGCAAGCCUCAGUUCCCGUCGGAACCUACUCCUCCCCUUCUUGUCCGCAAGCCUCAGUUCCCGACAGAACCUACUCCUCCACAGUUCCUACAAAUAAAAGAAAUAUGAUAGCACAAAGGUCUGUCAGCGGCGAACAUAUACGUACCCACAAGGGAGGUUGCCCUCCCUUGUUUUCCGCAAGCCUCAGUUCCCGUCGGAACCUACUCCUCCACAGUUCCUACAAAUAAAAGAAAUAGCACAAAGGUCUGUCAGCGGCGAACAUAUACGUACCUCUUUG